UCACACACUGUUGUCAUAUCGACAUUUACGGCGUGUUUAUUGAGUAUUAGCUUUGAAAUUGUAGACUUUACUUCACACAGAUAAUACAAAUCUGUAAUUUGGGCUGGACAAGAUGGCCAGCUGCAAUUUUCAGGCGCAGUUGGUAACCAUUAUGGAGGUAUUAGCUAAAGCAGCUGUAGCAGAAAUAAACAGUCGUGUUGAUGAUAGCUGUGCAGUUAUACGUUUGGAAAUUACCCAAAGCCAGCGAGAUAUUGAUGUACUGAAAAUGAAGUGUCAAGUGAUGGAGAGCGAGCUGAAGAAGACACGAGGACGAGUCAGGAGCAAAGAGAGAUCUUCAUAUCCAGUCAAUAUUGUUUUGAACAAGCAGAGGAGUAGCUCACAGUGGAGAGAUGGAGAGAUGGCUGUUGAAGAGGACUCUCAACCCCAGCCUACAGAUGUGGAGCAGAGAGAGGAGACUGAACCCAUACUGAUCAAAGAUGAGGAGACAGCAGUGGACUUGUGGAAGACUGACCCUCAGGAAGAGUUUAGGAUCACUGGAGAGGGGUCUGGUUCCAAGCCUGGGCAACCACCAUCCUUUGAGCAACGGCACUGUGAUGAGGACUUCAUCACACAACCCAACAUAUCUCCCGAAGACUCAGUGGAACAUUACCCCACUUCUGAUCAUCCAGAGGAACCAGGCACACCCCGGCUCGCGUCUACAGAGGUGUUCAGCACAGAGCAGCACCAGCCAGACAAGGACUCACUAGAGCUAGUGAUGGUGAAGAAUGAGAAAGAGGAGGAGCUGGAUCAGACCACGGCCCUGGCAGGACCUGACCAGUUUGUUAUGGAUGAGACUGAUGGGCAGCUGUGGACCUCUGUGGAUCCAGGCAGAGACACUGACCCUGAUGGCCACCCAGAUUUCUCCUUUCAUGCAACAGAAGAGUACUCUCAGAAUAUCUCAAUUUUCCCAUCUCAUAGUGGGCUGCCAUCCGUUCCUACUAUGACAGAUGAUGUAGGGCCAUCGCUUCACUCUUCUAUAUGGAAACCACAUGCUAACAUGUUCAGUGCAGCAAAACACAUGACAAGACAUGUCAGGACAUUGGCUGAUGAGACUAGACAACAGAUGCCAGAGGGACAGAGCAGCGAGAGGCUGAACUCAAAUAAUGAAGGAAAUAGUUUAGCUCUACAGCCAAGGCAGCAUCAACACAGUGCUUCAGAAUCAACAGUGAGAUUGAGUGAAUGCAUGACAGGGUCAAACAUGGCCACCACCUCCACCUUCUCUGGAUACAGCCUGAGUCGCAGUAGUUUUAACAUGGUGAAGAGAAUGAGGACUCAGUGGAGGUCGGGCGGCCCCACCGAGAGGCGUUUCAGCUGCACCUUCUGUGGGAAGAGCUUCCCACGUUUCUGGCAGCUCAAAGAACACCUCCGGAGUCACACCGGAGAGAAACCGUACACCUGCGAACAGUGUGGCAGGAGUUUCACCAAGCAGUGCAACCUGAUCAGACAUGCUGUGGUCCACAGCGGGGAGAAGCCCUACAAAUGCACACAGUGUGGGAAAUGCUUCCCCCAGCGUUCCGGUAUGAAGUCACAUCAGAGAACUCACAUAGGAGAGAGUCCAGUGUCUCAAUACGUGGUACCUGCAUACCCUGGGGAUCCACACACAAGUUUAAUGUUGUCUCAGAACAGAUGGAACAAAUAGUUAAUAAUUGCAUAGUUUUUCUGUAAUACUUUUUAUGGGAAAAUGUUGUACAGGUGGAAUUUUGAGACAUUUUGACAAGCUUUUCCUCCUAAUUGAUUUGUAAAAUGGUUUUCAUGUUUGACUGUUAAUGGCUCCUCACUUAUUAUUGUUAUUAUUUUUUUUAAACAAACAUUCUAUUCUCAUUUACAAUGAAAAUGUCUCCAAAAUAACACAAUGCAUUUUUACUAUUAAUUUAUAUUGGGCACAAAAAUCUGACUAUAGAAAAGUUUGUGGUCAUACGCACAUCCUUAGAUGUGCUGGGCUAAUAAAGAAUACUUGUAAAGAAGAGGAAGGCCCAAUGUUCCAAAUUCAUUUUACAUUUACAUUUUAGUCAUUUAGCAUACAAUUCACCGCCUUAAUGACAACGUUUCGAUCCAAAACACACACAAAAAAACUGCCAAUGUGUCCAACAAGUUUGUAGUCACAAGCAUGAUGUAGUCAUUGCGUGCUAGGAGUAUGGGACCAAAUACUAAACUUUUGACAAUGUAAUACACUAAGUGAAUUUUUUCAAAAUACUUAUGACACUUUCAUGGGGAGACUAGUGUAACUCAGUAAAAUCUUUUGAAAUUGUUACAUGUUGCGUUUAUAUUUUUGUUCAGUGUAUGAGAGAGAUUGGUGUGUUUUUUCACCACCUAAUCAUGGCAUGGGGUUUUUCAAAGGCUUACAUAUAUUUGUUUGAAAUCUAUCACUUGAUGGUUUCAUGUUGUUCCAAAACGCUACAGUGCCUUCAGAAUGUAUUCAAAC